GGCGUGGAUUACGUUGAGUUCUAAGAUUUUUCCUACCAGGAUCUUACCCAUUAUUUUCUGGAAAUCCAGUUGGUCGCUCUUUUGCAACCACCACCCGACGUCCAUUUAAGAGCCAACUAUAAAGGUCUCAAUGAAACGCCGUUCCUCACGCAGAGACUGAUCACGGCAGUGGAAGAGGAUGGCCGUCCACGCUGAGGGGAUCGUGGCUAUAGUGAUCUUCUACUUGCUUAUUCUGGCCGUGGGGAUAUGGGCCGCGUGGAAGAACAAAAACUCCGGGGUGUCGGAGGGCCAGGACCGCAGUGAAACCAUCAUGGUGGGCGGGAGGGACAUUGGGUUGUUCGUCGGUGGAUUCACCAUGACGGCGACAUGGGUGGGCGGCGGCUACAUCAACGGGACAGCAGAGUAUGUCUACCUGCCUGACUACGGCCUUGCCUGGGCUCAGGCUCCCUUUGGAUACGCCCUCAGUCUGGUAGUAGGUGGCCUGUUCUUUGCCAAGCCCAUGCGCUCCAGGGGAUACGUCACCAUGCUGGACCCGUUCCAGCAGAUAUAUGGGAAGCGCAUGGGGGGGCUGCUCUUCAUUCCCGCGCUCAUGGGGGAGAUCUUCUGGUCUGCCGCCAUCUUGUCAGCCCUGGGAGCUACUCUGAGUGUGAUUGUGGACAUUGACAUCAACAUGUCGGUGGUGAUCUCGGCCCUGAUAGCCAUCUUCUACACCCUGGUAGGAGGCCUGUACUCUGUGGCCUACACGGACGUGGUGCAGCUCUUCUGUAUCUUCCUGGGACUAUGGGUCAGUGUGCCGUUUGCCCUGUACAACCCAGCGGUGUCAAGCAUCAGUGUGACAGCUAAAGAGGCUGUGUACCAGACACCCUGGCUGGGUAAGAUAGACUCAGCAGACACCUGGAUGUGGAUCGACAACUUCUGUCUUCUGAUGUUGGGGGGGAUUCCAUGGCAGGUGUAUUUUCAACGGGUUCUCUCUGCCUCUUCAGCUACGUACGCCCAGGUUCUGUCCUUCAUCGCUGCCGCAGGCUGCCUGGUCAUGGCUGUCCCCUCCGUCCUCAUAGGAGCGAUAGGGGCCUCCACAGACUGGAACCAGACUACAUACGGGGCAAUUCCUCCCAAAGAGAAGGACCAAUCAGAUAUGAUCCUGCCCAUCGUGCUGCAGCACCUGUGCCCACCCUGGAUCUCCUUCUUUGGUCUGGGGGCGGUGUCUGCCGCUGUGAUGUCAUCAGCGGACUCCUCCAUCCUUUCAGCCAGUUCAAUGUUCGCCAGAAACAUCUACAAGCUGGCCUUCAGACAGUCUGCGACAGACCGUGAGAUCGUGUGGGUGAUGCGUAUCACCAUCUUUGUGUUCGGAGCUCUGGCCACGGCCAUGGCGUUGCUCACAGGGACAGUAUACGGCCUGUGGUACCUGAGCUCCGACCUGGUCUAUGUUAUCAUCUUCCCACAGCUGCUCAGCGUGCUCUUCAUCAAAGGAACCAACACGUACGGCUCGGUGGCCGGCUACGUCUUCGGUCUGCUGCUGCGUAUCGGGGGAGGGGAGCCCUACCUCAAACUACCCCCCUUUAUCUACUACCCCGGCUGGGUGCAACAGGAGAAGAUCCACCACCUGACUGGAGACGUGGAGUACUUCAUCCAGCAGCGCUUCCCCUUUAAAACGGUCUCCAUGCUGGCCUCCUUCCUGGGUAACGUGGCCUUCUCCUACCUGCUCAAGUACCUGUUUGAGUCUGGGACUCUGUCUCAUAAGUAUGACUUCAUGGAUGCUGUGGUAUCCAAACACAGUAAGGAGAUCAUGGACAAGACCACGUUGGUCAGUAACGACAACAUCAUCUUGUCGGAGAUGGCGCCGGUCAAAACGCACCUCAGCACCUCACUGGCCGGGGCGUUUACAAACACAGAGGCUCUCAGUGACGAUGAGUUGUCCAGCCCCGAGUCCUUAAACAACCACCAGGAGUAGAGACCAGGACCCAAAGCCCAGGACCCAGAGCCAGACCUAGACCCAGAACUGACUAGAACCAGCCCUCCUGGGGACCUACCCUCCUACAGAAUUUUGCUCCAGCCUUGCUCUAACAUACCUGACGCUACUAAUCAGCAUCUUUAAUAGCUCAACUAGGUGUGCUACAGUAAGGCUGGAGCAAAAGCCUGCAUACCAAUUUCUCUCCAGCAGAAGGGUUAGCCAGCCCUGAUGUAGAUCCUUGAACCCAGGCCCAGACCAGGUCUGUCCAGCCAUCCAGCCCCGUCGUGUUCUCAUCAUAUCAACCACUGACUGACUCUCUGCGAAUCAAACGCCACGGCCAUUUUAGUUUUCUGUUCUCAGUGCUGCUACAGUAAAUGGAGUCAUUAUAAAGGUAAGGUAAUCAAGGUAUAAAAUAUAACUGUCUGUAUGUGUCAAUAGGGAGCUCUGAUAUGGAUGCCAGCCCAGAGGGUGAUGAGAAUAAUGCAAUAUUUAAUUGUGUGUGUGUGUGUACGUGUGUACGUACGUGUGUGUGUGCGUGAACAAAUUCAUAUCCAUUAGUUAUGUGUCUGAAAUCAGCUUUAGAUUAUUUCAUUUAUUUAUUUAGAUUAUUUCCUAAUUUGCUUAUAAUUAAUUUACUAAUACAGCAAUACUGUUUUUAGGGUCCAUGCUUUAAAUAUAUGUCAUUACAAAUCAUUCCAAACUGUUUAUUGUUUUUUAUCUUGAUAGCAAAACAUAACAUUUCAGUUUGUUUUUAUGUUGUGUGCUCAUAAUCUAAUUUACACACAAUAACCUGGUACAGUUCAGAAUACUCAGUGUUAACAGUAUUUCCAUAGUAACCAGAUUUGAACAGAGCUGAGAAGAGAAACUCCUAUUCCAUGUUGUCCAUGUCCCAAAAUCCUCCUCUCUGCAGGUGGAGAGGUUCAAUACUGUGCUGUUGUGUUGGAGGGGAACACUUGUUAUAUUUCACAGUCUUACAUCACAUUUUUACUGAGAAACUACUGUGUGUCAGCAAUAUAGGUGACAAGACAUACAAAUACUGUAUUAAUAGCUAUACUGGUUGAAAGUGGACCUAGCUGUGGUUUUCAUCCAUCUGCAUCAGAAAUUACACCAUAUUCCCUAUAUAGUGCACUACUUUUGGCCAGAGCCACAUAAGGUUAGGUAGUGUGCUCUAUAGGAAAUAGGGUACCAUUUGAGAUGGGCCCUAUAAUCGUUUGUUACCUUCUCUAAACUGUUAUUGAGUGCAGAGCAGCAGCAGAGCGGCAGAGGGGUUGGAGAGGCUGAGAUUGCUCCUCCAGGGAUCGUAUCAAUAACCCGUUUGCACGGACGAUUCGAUUCUUCUCCGUCCGUCUGCCCCAAGAACAUUUGAUUGGUGUUCCAAGCUGGCUAUGAGCUGAGACAGGAAAAGAACAGCACUGGUUGUUUUGGUAUCAGUGGUUGUAAUGAUUGGAAGCUGAGCAGGUCCUAUGCUGAGUGAAUGAUAGGUGAACGCUAACAGGGCCCGGCUCUAGCCUUUUGGGGAGCCCAUGUUUUAUGCUUUAAACUUAAUUUCCUGAGAUUCUACACAUUUGCCAUGGAGUGUAGUGAAAAUUUUCCAAUUUAUAACACAUUUCAUGCAAUAGUACACAUUUUGCCGUGAGGCAGAUAGAUUUUUUUUGCAGUUUUACAGCAAAUUUUCGGCAAUUUUAUCCAUUUUGCCAUGGGGUGGAAAGAUAUUUUUGCAGUUUUAAAGCAAAUUUCCUGCAAUUCUACACAUUUUGUAAUAACUUAUGCCAUGUUAAUCUAAUAUCUGACUGAGAAUGCCAAACAAAAUCAAUGGGGGCCUGCUGGAGGUCAGGCCCCCUGGGCAUUUGGUAUUCGGCCGUGAUUAGUACAAGUUUAGAUAGCUGACAAGUUUAACUACCACUCUAAAAAUUGUUAGCUGACAUGACUAACUGAGUGGCUGUCAGUAGCUAGGUUUCCAUCCAAUUUCGACAGAUUUUCAUGCAGAUAUUCUCAAACCUGCAUAAAAUAAUAUGCUUAUUUUUGCACCAGAGAAUGUGUUUCCAUUAAACUAACGUUUUGCCUUUAAAAUACUGUGCGUGACGUAAUGUAGAUGAAAAUAACUUUUGUGGUUAAAUUUCCAUUUAACAGUACCAAAUGAAAAAUAAUAGUUAAAUGGGUUUCAAUCACAUUUUCAGCUCUACUGAUGGUUUUGUCACAAAACCUUUUGAGUUAUAUAAUGUAUCCACUCCGGUCUUGGCACGUGUGCUCUAGCCAGCAGCUGGCAGAUACAGUGCAGGUAGAUUACCUAUGUUAUGAGAUUAUUAUGGAUAAGAGUGUGUUUUUCAAACGGCAGUUAGGAAUCGAUCAUGUCACCAGAAGAAGACCCUCUAUAUUUUUUGGAAAGGAGCAUCAAAUUCAUCACCUUGCACAUUUCCGAGUCAUAGUAGGAGGACCACACCAUAUAUCAUUGCAUCACUCCAAGUUUCGAUAGGAUGGUUAUUAUACCAAUUUUGCGCAUAAAGGCUCUUCCACUACCAUUUCUCACAUAAUUCAUUUUACAGACACAAGAAGAUCACACCAUGUUGAACAAACACAUUGUCUGUUGGCAUUUAUAAAAUUGUAUCGGCAUUUCAUGUUUCCAUCAGCCCAGUCGUGACUUUUAAUGCAUCAGGUAAUUCACGCUGAUGAACUGGCUCCAUGGAAACGUAGUCAGUGAACUGACAUAAGAAGAAAGAACUGCUGAUGCACAACCACAUUUCUAAAUAGCACCUGGUGUAUUAUACUAUUCUAACUGUCAAUGGUAAGUUGAGACCCUGACCCACCUUUUUAAAACAUUUGUGGGGGGGACCUCCUAGCAGCCAGGGGUCCUAAGCUUAUGUCUCUUAUGCCUCGAACCAGCCCUAAACGCUGAGGAAGGUCUGUUGACCAAUAGGUUGGUCAGAGAAAACAUGUCAAAAUGCAGAUUUGAGAUGAUGAUGGGAAAUUUGGUUGUUGUUUUGAUGUUGUUGAGUAUUUCUAUUCUCUGCUUCACUCCUCUCAAAUAGUAUUUGUUAGUAAAUAUUUGCUGGUCUUAAUAUAUGAUUUUAAUCUGUUUGAAUUAUGGCCUUAAUUUGGGUAGUAUUGGGAGCUAGUCUGAUGCUAUGCAAAGUGUCAGAGUGGACUUGUGUGUCAGGCAGUCUGUUUAGAAUGUAAUGUGAAUGUAAAGUUUCCUCUCUUCAACCAGGAGACCAGGCUUCAUGCUGUCUUAUGUGCUACAGUAUCACUGGAAAACCAAAUCAAAAUGGAAGAAUAAAAAACAUAAUCACAUCAGUUGCUCGGCUGGCUAUACUAAAUGUGCUUCUAUGUCGUAAAUGGAAAUAUAUAUGUUUAUGUGUGAUACAUGUAUAUACCAACAAAGUCAGCAUAUGAACAAAUGGAAUAUACGUUUCAAUGCAACAUUAUCAAUUAUUUAUCCGUUUAAGUGGGGUGAAAUUACAGCUACAUAAUUAAUUAUUUAUUUAUGCAGUGUCUAUAAAAUUAUGGUGAUUAAUAUGUGAGGUAAAUAAAUGAUAUUAUUUAG